UGUGUGCGCACCAUCAUCUCCUCUUCAGUCGCACCAGCAUCUCUCUCUCUCUUACUCUCUCCUCCGGGCACACAAGAAUCUCCUGUCCUGCUCCGUCCAUCAUCUACAGCCUUCAUAAUGACCUUCAGACACUUUAGUUGAAUGGUGUCUGGUUGUUUUUUUGUCCGCUGCUGCUGUGGAGAGAAACGGAUACCUGUGCUGCAUUGGCAAUCACUGCAGAGUGUUUUGGGGUGACAACACGUCCCUGCAUUUGGGUGUAUUCUGCUUGUAGCAGUUGCCAUGGCGAAAACAGUCACAUCAUCCAGUGCAAUAACAGGUGAAAAGAUGGCACCACCUUCCAUCACUCUACUUCCUGACAAGAGAUCUCCGACAAACAGUCACAGCUCCCCAGCCCGAACCGGAAAAACUACUCCAUCUAACACAGAGAAGAAGCCACACAUAAAUGGACAUGCGUCCCCCUCACACCUAGCAGCUAACACCAGUAACAACCAUGCAGGUAAACAAAUUGUGGAGGGUUACAUGAAGACAGACGACAGGAUGCGAUUAGCCAAAGAGAGACGGGAGGAGAGGGAGAGAAGCCUGGCGGCCAGGGAGCAGUUGAUCAGGGAGAAGGAGCGCAGAUCUCGGCUGCAGUAUGAACGCACAGUGGAGGAACGCUGGAAGCGGCUGGAGGAGCAGAGGCAGAAAGAGGAGCUCCGCAGAGCUGCAGUGGAGGAGAAGAGGAGGCAGCAGCUCGAGGAGGAGAGGGAGCGGUUGGAGGCCUUGAUGAAACGCUCUCUUGAGCGAAGCCUUCAGCUGGAACAGAGGACCAAACGCUGGAGCAGGGGUUGCCCUACAGGAGCAGGUGACAGUGAGAAUGCCCCACUCCCUUUCUCUGCUGCCUCCGCCUUUUCCCAUGGCAUUGCCUCCCCCCUUCCUGCUGUCAGCGAAUCUGCGCCAUGCAGUCCUCACAGGUCACCUUUCUGCAGCUCACUGAACCCUGCAGAUCACAGCAGAGUUGGACUUCAGGGAGGCUCUCAUUCCACUCCCAAUACCCCCAAGAAAGAGCGUCUGCGCAGAGAAAGAAGAACUGCAUCGCCAGGUUGUGGAUCACCUGUGAGAAGAUCCGAAUCCCCUGCUAGUGUCAACAAGCACUUGGCUUCCCCUUCUACCUCCAUGCUGACGUCUAAGAUACGUGCCCAGUCUCCUAGCAAUGCACAUCAGUACCAUUACUCACCUACAAGACACCGUCCAAACGUGUCAAGUGAUGGAGACAGGAGAGUCGAGGACAAGAAGGUGGAAAAACACAGUGAACAAUCCAAACCUGAGACCCCAGUGAAAAAGAAUACCAACAUUAACAGCACGAAUCCAUCUUCACAAGCCGAGAAGAAUGUGGUCAGCAAUGAAAUCACUAAAACAAGAUCACCUAAGGGUGAAACUUCUGAGAAAUGCCUCAAAGGUGACACAUCUGAAAAAAAUCAGUCCUCGGAGAGAAAGGACCACAUGUCUCCCAAAGUGGAUUCGUCAGAGAGGAAGACACAGAGCAGUGUUCAUGAUGGACACAAGACAAAAGAAUCAGCAUCGUGCAUGUCCACGGGGAAGGUGGCAGCUGGCACAAAAAAUGCAGAGGAGGCAACAAGGUUGCUGGCAGAGCGUAGGCGUCAGGCUCGAGCUGAGAAGGAACUAGAAGAGAAAAAAAGGGAACAAGAGGAAGAAGAAAGACUAAAGGAAGAGAAGCUAAGGAAGCAACUUGCACAGGAGCAGCGCCGGCAAGAGGUGAAGGCUCAGCAAGCAAAGGAAAAGGGGAAAAAUGAGGAAGAUCUUCAAAGGCUGAAGCAAAAAGAGGACAAACAAAAGAAGGAGGAGCAGGAGAGGGAGCUACAGACCCAGAUGGACAAAGAGAGAGAAAAAGCCAAAGUCCAGGCUCAAGGGGACGCAGAGCGUCAGCGGCAAGACAGAGAACUGCAGACGCAACAAGAAGAGGAGGAGAGACAACUAAGAAAAAAGAGAAUUGAGGAGAUCAUGAAGAGAACUAGGAAGGGUGAAGCUGACUUGAAGAAGGAAGAACAGGUGGAGACGAAGUCCGUCUCACCACCAGGGGAUGUAAAGACUGUUCAAACUAAUGCUCAGGUGAAAGAGCAAGCAUCCAAAAAUGUUGAGUUUCAGGUUAAGAAGCAGGUCACGGUCCAGGUCAACACAAAGGACUCUGCUCUGGUAAAGAAAGAAGCAGCAGUAGCAGCACAGAUGAACAGUCAGAAGAUUGUGCAAGUUAAAAACAACACUCACCAAGUAACACCAACGCACGGUGUUCCUGACCAGAGACCGGACAACAAACAAACCAGUGAAGAGCAUGGCAGCCAACUUAACAAAGAAAGCAAAGCCUGUGUUCUCAAGCAGCAGGGAAAAGAGGAGGAAAUGAAUGUAAACAAGCAGCACAGAGCAAAUGUUAAAGCCGCAGACCAAAUAAAUAAAGAGCCAACAAAGCUGAAAGCAGAUGCCAAAGUCAACCAAAAGGAGGGUGGUUUGAUGAAUGGAGCGGUGAAGGGGAAAGAAAGUGCCUUGAUGAGUAGCCGUCCAACUGCUGAGGGAAGCAAACAACAAGGCCCGCAUGUGUCAACAGCUGAGGGAAAGGCCAAAGGAGGGUCUCAGAUGGAGGUUAUUAGACCUUCAGUGACACCCCUGCCGGUGAGACACCCAUCACCGCCUGUCAUCAAACUGGAGCCACUAGAUGUUAAGGGGACAGGGUCAUGUGAUGAGGUGCAGUCCAUGGAGGUCAGCCCAGCUUCGAAGGAAGAACUGAUUUCAAUCCCAGAGUUUUCACCAGUCAAUGAAAUCCAGCACAGUGGCAUGAGUAACACCCGCGCUCUGGAAGAUCUGAUGGACCUGACGGGCAGUGUCACCUACCCCAAACUGUCCUCAGACGGCAACAUAGGUGACUGCAACAAGAACCUCAUUGGGGGUGUUGUCAGUCCCAUGUCAGACUCAAAGGUCAUUGGCAUGUCACCUUCAUCUUCAAAUAAACUUAGCAUCCAGUAGUCCAUUAACCUCUUUCUCUUCCUCUCUCGCUUGCCUUCUCUCUCUCUCUUCCUUCCCCACACACAUGC